AUGCCAGAUUUGGAGAAGCUGGUGGUUGCGGAUGUGGUGAAUUGGAACACCUAUUUGCUGAUGGCGGUUUGUGGUCGAACGGAAGCGGAGGCCCGGCAGAAGUUGGGUGACGUCUUAGAUUUCGCCCUGAACACCGAGCUGAAGGCUGCGAACUUGAAGAAGGAGACGCUGCUGACAGGUAGCACAUUGGAGGUUUUUCAGAGCACGAUCUUGGGGAAGAUGGUCUCAUCGGCCCUGAAGCUUUGGAAUGAGAAGCUCCAGAGAUCUGUGAAGAUGGUGAGUGCAGAAGUGGUCUACGGAGAGGGUGACGAGAUGAUCUUCGGGGAGAGAAGGCCUCGAAUGGCCGUGGUGGUGCAACUCGCUGAGGAGCAUGCCGAGUUGAGAGCCAAGCAAAAAUUCGGUGCUGUGAAGGAAGUCGUGGAGAGCGAACGCGAUUCGCCAAUGCAGAACAUGGGAAAGUUCCUGGAAGGUGCGUGGGUGAGCCACGAACGAGUUCAGUUUCCUGGCACCAACAACGCACAACAAUAUUUUGCAGGUCUCUCGAGUGCCAUGACAUGUUUUAUGCACGAGUUGCAAGUGGAACGCGGUCUUUCCUGCUAUGCCGUGGCUGCAGACCCCACGGUUUUGGUGACAGCCGUGGAGCGUUUGCAGAACCAGCGCGCCCGCAGCGACAAGGCUGUACAACAACUCUCCGAGAUUUUGCGCCUUGCGCCGGCCCUCCAGGAGAAAGGCUACAUCCAAAGCAAGCACAAGGACAUGAAACCACUAAAGAUCUCCGUUGGCCUGGUGUUGCAGAGAGGCCGCGUGAAUGAUGCGAUGCGACACGUGACGCCCAGCUGGAUCAGCCGAUACGAGACCGUCUGUAUGGGAGACACAGGAUACCAUUCACUCAUCGAUCGCAUCAUGAAAACCAUCGUGCAAGCCCUGAGCUUCGCGGCAGAAGGCCUAGAAUCUCCAGAGGCCAAGCAAGUCCCGGACCGGUGUGCCUUCCUGCUGAAGUGCAAAGAAGCCGUUGGUCGAGAGCGAGGUCUGAUGGCGGCGAAGAGUCGUUCGAAGCUGGACGACGAGAGCAGAGCCAAGCAGCUCUUCAAGGAAACGACGGAAGGCGGAGCAGACGCCUUGAAGCAGAUAAUGGAGGAUAAACUCCUUGGACCCGCACCAGAAAGCCAGACUCUGUCAGAUGCGUUUGCAGAGGCGCGUUUGCUCUACACCAAUGACGCGAAGGUACCUUCAGACAGGGCAGUGGAAUUGUUUGAGAGGUUUACGCAGUGGAUUCAGCUUGCAUAUGGCCACAUUCAAACUGAGAUUGAGGCCUUGAGUGAGGACAUACCAGCUGAAAGCACGGCUCUAGCCCGUCCUGAAAUGCACUUGGGCGUGCAAUUCGAGGAGCAAGUGGAUGAUGGGCCGCUUGGGCUCCUGAUGGCAGACAUGACUGCCAAUGCCUUCAAAAACGUGGUGGUCAUGGCUGGGGCAGGCAUUUCGGUGUCUGCGAAUCUGCCAGAUUUCCGAUCCAAGGGCGGGCUCUACGACCAGUUGAGGCAGACCACCAACAUAACCACCCCAGAGACCAUCUUCACCAGGCAAUUUCUGAAAGAGCAACCGCUGCUCUUCUACAAGGUGAUGCAGCAACUCAGGGCGGAUCAUGUGUCCCCUACCCUUACGCAUGAGUUCCUGAAGAGGCUGCAGGACAAAGGGAUUCUGAGGAGAGUCUACACACAGAACAUUGACUGCUUGGAGCGCAAGGUUGGCAUUGAAGAGUCGUUGUUGGUGGAAUGCCAUGGGACCACACGACGAGCGAGGUGCGACGACUGUCGGACCUUCAUCUCUAAGGAAGAGUAUUUCGACCAAGCCGAUCCACCAAGGUGCAGGUGUGGCAGCGCGCUCCGUCCGGACAUCGUACUCUUUGGAGAGCCAUUGCCUGACAACUUUAGCCAACACAAGAGCGAUUUCCAAAACGCGGACCUGCUGAUCAUCAUGGGCACUUCUUUGAAAGUUCAUCCUUUCGCCUCCCUGCCCAAGCUCAUCAAGCCCACGUGCGCCUUGUUGGUCAUCAACCGAGAGUUCCCACAGAGCUUGCAGCUGCACCGCCAGGUCCGGACCUUGCGAUCGCGCCUGAGCGGCACCAAGCUGCGGAAGCACGUCUUCUUAGGUGGUGACUGCGACACGAGCGUCCGCUGGCUCAUGCAAGAGCAGGGUUGGGCACAACGACCAGUUCAAGUCUCCGUCUAA